AUGCAGGUAUAAUAAUAUUCAUUGUAUAUACAUUGCAUAGUAAAUAAUAAAUAUCAUUUUCUAUAAUAUGAAGUUAAUAUCAAUGCCAAGCUGCAUUAAUGCAUUAUGUUCCUUAUAUUUUGACUGUCAGAUUGCCAUGUGUCUGAAUUUCCUUGUUCCAGAGUAUUUACAUUAGCAUGACUGAACGAAUGAAAGUUGUCUCAAAUAAUAAACAAAAUCGAUCAUCUAUAACGAUAGGUGUUACUGGAUUUUUUACAAAUAACACCAUAAAAGAUUAAAAACUUCUCAAUGGGUCCUAUAGAAACGGUAUUUUUUUAAUUUAAGUACUUAUCUAAUGCUUAAAUUUUGAAAUGUAUACUAUAAUUGCACAUAUGUACAAAGUUAAGCAGUAGCUCAAGUUCUUAUUUGGAUUCUUUAUUCUUAUUGCCCUGUUGCUUAUAGUUUUAUUCAUGAGUAAAUAGAACAUAAAGAUUAUUGUCUAACUAUAAUUUUUUCAUAGUUUUUUAUUUCAUUUUGAUUUGUAUAUGUACUUUAUAAUUUAUAAUCAAGGUAAUGCUUAGAAGAUUCUUUUUUACAUAGGUAUUGUACAUAGAUUUAUUUUAAUGGUUAAAUAUAUUAUAACUUAAGUAACCAAAUGCCUCAAAUUCAUUAAUACCUCUAUCUAUACCUAUAAGUUAAGAUUUACAAUCAAGUAAAUUAUUAAUAUCUACUUACCUAUAUAAUUAAAUUAAAUUGUGUACUGUUUUAAUUGCUGUGUACCUACAUUAUUUUGUAUAAGUAAUGAUAGUAUAUAAUAAUUUUAUACAUUAUUACUGAAAUUUUAUUAAAAUGUAUGAAAAUAUUAUUUUCAAUAGGCAUCUUUAUUCAAGUAUUUAAAAAUUAUAGAAGAUAAUUAAUAAUAUUCAAAAUGAAGAUUUGUACCUACCUACCAUAAACAUAGAUUAUUGAAUUUUUAUUCAUGGUAGGUAUUCAUGGUUCAUAUUAAUUUUAUCUAUGAUAGGUAAUGCUUAUGUUAUUCAUUAUGAUCAAGUUAAAGUUAAUCUUAGUGAAGUUAAGUAAAUGAUUAUUAUUUCUGAUUAGUUUUUACUUGCAGUUAUUUUAGGUUCCAACAAAUUUUUUUUCAAAUUAAUUAGAAUAUUUUAUUAAUUUAAUAUACCUAAACUAGUUUACUCCAAAUUAUAAGAAUAGAUACUUGUAUAGAGAAAUGGUGUAUAAAUACAUUUAAACAUAUUACAGGUAUUUCUAUAAAGUGUAUGUACCCCUGCUAAUCUCAUAUCAAUAUGAGACAUUUAAAUAUCACAUCAGGUUUGAGAUUUAACCUAUAUAAUAAAUUAUUUAUCUCAUAUAAUUAAUUUAACUUUAAAAUUGUAUUAUAGAAUACUUCUAGUUUUAAUGUAUUUUUGUUUUAGAGUACUGCAAAGGGCCCUCGAUCUUACAUGAAGUCAUAUGGCCGUGCAAAGUACUCCAAUAAUCCGAACAGUGUAGUACAAACGGCCAUCAAUUUUGAUAAGUUAUUGUGUGAAAAUACUAAUAGACCUACAGCUGCUAAAUCUGCUGGUACUGUUGGAAAAUGGGGCGUUACAUCAUUUACUUCUAUUAGAAGUAAUAAUUUUGUCACAGGUAAUACUAAAACAUACAUUUUAAAAAUAAAAAUUAAAGGCAUUGAAUUUUUUUUUUUAGGAAAAACUGAAGAAACAUCAGGUUCACGAUUUAGUGUUGGGAAAAAAAGGCAACAUCAGGAACCUAGUCCUGCACCCAAAAUAACUGUACCAGAACCCACUGUUAAUGUAAUAAGACCUAAAAAGUUUUUUAAAAGUCGAAAUGCUGAUUCAAACAGAUCUGACCGAAAAUAUAGUGGAUUAGAGACAACAAAAAAAGCUAGAACAGUUGUGCAGAAAACUCCAGAAUCUUCUCCUGAGAAAGAAGAUCGGAUUCCAGAAGCAAAUGAACUGUCAUUUGCAUCAUUAACACCAACUAAAGACCCAAGUAAACCACCUAUUGUACUUAGAAUAUUUAAGGGAAAAUCACAAUUAGUGAAUGAGCCAAAUUCUACUCAAAAGCCUUUGCAAGCUAUUGAAGUACCUGAAAGUAAUGAUCAAAUAACUCCUACCAUAACUACAAGAAGUCUUCGAAGGCGAAACCCACAAACUACUUAUACUGAGCCUGAACCUGAAGAAAUCGAGGAAUCUCCUCCAAUUAUUGAUAUUCCAAAAAAAAGACGCCAAGAUAGGGCUAAAUUCACUGUUCCUGCUUUAAAAAUCAAUUUAUCUAAAAAUACAAUUAUUAAUCAAAAUGAUAAUGAAUUUAAAAGUGAAAUAAGCGAAAAAAAAGUAAUUAAUACUAAUGUUGAUAAAUCAAAAAUAGAACAAUUAGAAAAUGACCGUAAUCAGUUGUUGGCUGUAUUAGAAGGUAGUGACGAUUCAUUAUCCAGUCCUAAAAUGGAUGUUUCAGGUGAACGCGAAGAAGAAAAAACUGACGAUACUGAUGAUUUACUUAAACAGCUUGAAACACAAUUUAAGUCUGAUGAUGAACCUAUUAUUAAUAAAAUAGAAGAAAAAAAAGAACCAAUUAAAAUUCAAUCAGAAAUUCCUCCCAAAGUCCGGGGUAUAUUUAUAGAAACUGAACCAAUAAAACUUGAUGAUGAUGUAAGUGAAACAAUGGAAGUAGAACAGUCAGAAGCAGUCAUUCCUGCUAAGAAAAGUAUAUUCAAAUCUAGAAAUGAAAGAAAUAAAAAAGGCAUGUUUCUUUAUAAACAUUCUUGGGUUGAUAAAGAGAAAAAAGUUGACGAAGAAAAAAAAGAAGAGUCUAUUCCAAAUGAAAGUCCCAGUAAUAGUUUUGAACAAAAACCUUUGCAAAGAAUUACAAAAACCUCUGAUGUAUUUGAUGACGAUUUUGAUUCAGUUACAAGUGUAAAAUGCAACAGAAAAGAAAAAGGAGUAAGUAGAUUAAUUUUUAAAUGUAUAAUAUUAGGUAUUCCUCAGAAAAAUAGUUAAUUGAAAACUAAAACUAAUUUAAGUUAUAAACAUAUCAAAAGUUCUUCUGUUUCAACUUCAACCCAACUAUUUGGGCUCACUUCCCUUAUCCUAAAUGCCUACUUGACCGGAUCUCCCAACUGAUUGUUCUCAAUCGUAUCCAACCACCUUUUUUUCAGUCUUCAUUUCUCCAACAACAUGAGAGAAUAUUUUCUCUCAUGUUGUCUACAAUCUCAUCUCUGCUACACUCAUUCUCUGUUCUAUUUUUCUGUCUACCUCCCAACCGAACCAUACAACAUUAGUAAGUUUUAUUGGAAUUCUCUUGUUGCAUAAAACACCUGAGAAUGUUUUCUCCACUUUAUUCAACUACACUUAAUCCUAUGUUUCACCUCUUGGUUAAAGCCACCGUUAUUUUGUACAAAAUUUCUAAGGUAAUCAAAACUAUCAACCUCAUCUAAAUUUACUUAAAUUAUGAUGAUUUAAAUAUAAUUACCAUUUUUUUUUUUAAAAAAAAAAAAAAACACCAUAGAUAAUACUUUAAAACCUAAUUGAUUAAAAUGAAGUCUAAAUACCAUCCUUUUUUUAUAUGUUACUCAUAGGGAUAAUAACUUAAAAUAUUUAUAUUUCAUGUUUUAGUAAAAAAAAAAACUAAAAAAAAAUGAAGAUGGCUAUUUCAUUGUUUAUUCUUUUAAAAAUGUUGACAUUUCAACUUUUUAUGUUCAUUAAUAUCGUAAUUUUUAAUAAUUUUUGAAAGUUAAGAGAAAAGAAGUGUAAAGUCAACAAGCUAUAAAAAUAAUAAUCAAUUGACAAAUGCAAUUUUAGCCUGCAGCAUAAUUAUAGGUAUUUUACUCUGUUUUCCUAUGAAAACAUAAUAGUAUACGAAUUGUUAGAAGGAGAGAUAAAAAUCAAAACCUCAAAAGUCAUAUCCUCGAUAAUGAUACUUAACCCAUGUAUUUACAACUUUUUAUUCCCCUAGUUUCCUUUGGGGAGUUAUCAUGGUUGGUUAGCUACAAAAACACCAUUCUUUUGCAACAACAUAUUGAAUUCAACCAAAAUUUUAUCACUUCAGUCUAUCUAUAAAAAAAACUUUAAAUUCCUAAGAUUUAGCUCAUUUGGUCUAGAGGGAGCCACUAAAAGUAGUAGAUAUUCAUACAAUGUGUCCUAAGGUACCAAUAGCAAUAUCUCAAAAAGUAUUAACUUUUUUUUCGAACAAUUAAGAAACAAGCGACUUAUAACGGGUUGACAAAAAUCAAUUUUAACACCUAAAUGUAGUAAACUAAUAUUUCAUAUAUUAAUGAAAUUUUUAGUUUGAGUUACAAUGUAGUAAUAUUAUUUGAAAAUUAAAAGGAGAUCUAUAUCUCCUUUUAUAUUUCACCCCCAAAAAUAAGGGUGACAAAAAAUUAUAGAAAUGUAAUAAUUGGAUACUUGUUUCUUAAGUUGUCAAAAAAAUAAAUUCUGAAAAAAGUUAAAUUUUUCGAGAUAUUACAAUGGGGAUAAUGGGUAUCUUCAUAGGAUACCCUGAAACAUAUUUAAGAUUUAAAAAUAUGAAAUAGUAUUUACUAAAAAGUAUUUUUUCUAGUUUUAUACUGUGGUUCGAAAUGUUAAAAAAGCACAUCAAAUUCAAGAGUCUGGUGAAUUUCAAGAGUUUAAUGAUGAUGUUGAGUAUAUUUUAGAUGCAUUACAACCAAACAAUCCAAUUGGAACUAGGUUUGUUGUAUUAUUUGUUAGUUUAUUUUACAUUGACAUUAAACAUUUAUAGUGUACACUAAUGAUUUCAGAUGUCUAUCUGCUAUAACCUUGGCAACUAAAUGUAUGACUCCAGCUUUUCGGAUGCAUGUUAAAGCACAUGGAACUGUUGCUAAAAUAUUUCGUGCAUUGCAUGAUGCUACCAAAGAUCAGGUAUUUAUAAUUGUACACCAUUAUUAUUAAAUUAUUCUUUUGAAUUAAUCAUUCCAAUUAUUAUCUAGAGUUUAGGAAUGUGUACAGCUACAGUUAUGUUUGUUUUAAGUCAAGAUCGUCUAAAUAUGGAUUUAGACCGCGAUUGUCUUGAACUUAUGUUAAAUUUAUUAGAAAGUGAUACAAGUCAUGAUAAAGCUCUUGAUGAUUGUGGUCUUACUGAUCAUCAGUUACAAAAGACACGAGAACGAGUUAUUCAGUUAUGUUCAGAGAUUAAGUCUCAAGGAGCAGCUAAAUAUUUAAACACGGAUAAUAUCACAGUAGGGCAGUUGGCUAUGGAGACACUCUUGAGUCUUACAAGUGCAAGAGCUGGUGAGUGGUUCAAAGAAGAAAUGCGACAGCUUGGUGGUCUCGAUCAUAUUGUACGUACAGUUGUGCAAUGUUGCAACCAUGUUGAAUUGAUGAAUAAUGUGUGGUCUCCCUUAUUACUUGAGCGUAUUAAAAAAGUUGAUCGUUGUUUAAGGAUACUCGAAAAUGUAAGAAAUAAUUAAACUUUAUUGUAUUAAUUAUUAAUAUAUUUUAUUAUUUAGGUAACAAUUCAAAAUGAAGAAAAUAAUGUGUAUUUAUUAGGUUUUGAAAAUAGUAUUUUGAUUGACACAUUAAUAAGAAUGUUUAAAGUGUGUAACUCUGAGAUACCAUUAUACCCAAGUUAUAAUGAAAAUGAUAAAGACUCAAUAGGUGCAGUUUUACGAGAGUGUCUUACUGCUAAUUUAAAAGUGCUUAUAAAUUUAACACAUGACUCAAAUCAAAUAAGUAUGUAUUAAAAUUAUUUAUAUUCAUAUGUUUUAUAUACAUGUUAUGUUAUUAAAAUUAUUUUUUUUUAAUUAGCUCAUGGCUCUAAAGUUGGACAAAAAGAUGGAGUGAUUGACACAAGUUUGCAUGUUCUUCUUGAAGUAUCAGAAUAUGUUCCUCAUGAUGAGAAGUUUGACAUUAUGUUUUUUGUAAGUUUAACAUCUUUAACUAUUAUAUUUUACCUUAAAAGACAAAGAAACUAAUCAGAAAAUGAUUACUUCAAAUAAUAUGCAAUUUAAUGGCAGGCUAUGUUGCUGCAUACACAUUAGUAGCUACCAUAUUGGAAAAAUAUGUACAUUUUUUUUAAUUAUGGCAUAUUAUAUAAGUUAUACGCUAUGCAAUUCUUUUUUCUAAACAUUAUCUCAUUAAAUUUUCUCUGUAAAGCUGAUAAUGAAUUAGAUUAAAUAAGUGGCAAAAAUUGUUUGAAAAUUUUCAGGACAUCAAAAUAAUUAUUUUAAUAACUAUUUGAUUUUUUUUGUUUUUGUUUUCUUCGAAUUUACCGAUUUAUGUUCUAUAAAUGUAAAUAGUUAAUAAAUAUAAUAUAUUAUAAUAUAACUGCCAAUAUUAUUUUUUAUAAUAUUAUGUAAGUGAUAGUGUUGGUACCUAUAAUGUUAAACAAAUAUAAAUCAAGUAGCUUACGCCAAUUUUUGGCAUUUAAACCUGUGAAUACCUGACACUUGUUGUUUACAUCAUAAACUUAUUUAUUUGAUACAACUAUUCACUUAUUUUUCAUUUAAUGAUUUUUAUAUUUAUUAAGAUAUUUAUAUAAAUGUAUUAAUGUGUCGUGGCAUAAAAAAAUAUUUUUUUUUCGGUAAUAGUUUAAAAUACUAUUCAGAUGUCUUGUAGUAUUUGGAUAUACUUAGUAUGUCUAAUAAAUAUGUGAACUGGGUUUCUACAGCAGACCAAUUUGUAAAUAUCAGUGUAUUGACUACCUUAUCUCUGUACUCGUUUUUGUUUUACUUUUUUUCAUCCUUUGUCGAUAUUGAAAUUAAUGGAACAAAUAAAACAAUGAGUGAUUAUUAACUAAGAAAAACAUCACAGGAGAUUUAUGAAUUGUUAACAAUUGUUUAUAAAGAUAUUAUUUUAAAGAAAAUAUCCAUUUUUAAGUGGAUUAAGUGUUUCAAUGAUUUCAAAGACGGUUCUUCCACUUCACAUAACGAUCAAAACAUCGGAAGUGUUGUGGUCUUUUGUGCUCCUUGUCCAACAAAUAACUGUUUGGAUAAAAGCUUUAGCUAACCUUUAGCUUUUUCUCGGUAGUCAGUACGCUGAUAUUUGCAAUUUUGACUAUUGUAGAAACCCAGUUUGCAUAUUUAUUGGACACGCUGUGUAAAUAUACAACUUUUAAAGGUGUUUAUUGAAAUAGGUAACCAUUUACUCUUUUCAUCUCUACAGUCUUUUUAAGGUAUUAUCAUUCUAUAAUAGUAAUAAGUAUUUUUUUUUUCAUAGGCUCUUACAUUGCUGAUAAAUCUAGUGGAGAUCAAUAUUGAAAACAGAAAACUUGUAGCAGAAGCUAAAGCUCCUAUUAAAAAAAAUAAUCUCCAUGGAUGUAUGUUAGAAAUUGUUAAAAAACUUGUAAACUAUCUUAUUAUGUUGAAAAUUUGUUUUUAGCAGUCCCAUCUCUUGCAAUCGAAGCGCUGGUGAAAAUGUUUUUCCAACAAGAACAAUUAGCGAAGACUGAGGAAAAAAAGACUGAUGAAAUAUUAGAUGGUGAAAACAAGCAGACAGAAAAACCAGCUAAAGAUGCACCAUUAAAAGCACAUACUCAAUAUAUUGAAGAGACUAUUGCUUUGCGUAAGUUUAAUUUAUGAAUUUUUCCAUAGAUGCUAAACAUUUUAAUAAUAAUUUUUGAAAAAUUAAAUUGUAUAUUUCAAGUUGCAAUUUGAUUCAAAUUUUAAAGACAUUUUAUUUUAUAAUUUUUAGUUGUUGAAAAGGCAGGUCAAAAUAUGCAGCACACAAUGUUAGCAUCAUAUAUCGCCAUUUUACUUGGAUAUAUUACAAUGGAUGAUAAGGUGAUUAAAUAAUAAUUGAACUUAUUGCAGUAUUAUAUCUAUUUAAAUCAUUUACAGAAGUAUUUAGAAUUUGUUGGUCAGCAAUUACCAGAUGGUCGAUUUACAGCCAUGUUAGCCGUUUUGGAUAAAUACUUAAAUUUCAUGAAACUAACUGCUGCUGUAAGUUUUAAAGCACAAACAUAUACAACAAUGAUUACUUUAAUUUUAUGUAGAACUCAUUGGAUUCUUAUGAUGUUAUAAUUUUAGCCUGGCACUAAAGGAAUAAAAUCUGUUGAAAUGAUUAUUAAACACUUAACCAAGUGUGAAAAACUACAAGCAGAUGCUUCCAGUAUACCUGGCACUUCUUCGUAA